GACCCAGGACCAGCUCCAGAGUCUCGGUCACCCGUCCCGGCUGCUCAUGGAGAGACGGUCGGCUCUCAGCCGUCACAGGAACGCAAACUUUACAGGAGUUUAAUUAAAAAAGGAAGGAAGGAAGAAAAAAAACCGCCGCCAGACAUGACGUUUUGGACAGGAGGAGCGGCGCUGCUGCUGCUGCUGCUCGGCCGCUGCUGCUGCACCGAUCCCGGCAGGAAAGUGUGCCAGGGGUUGAGUAACCAGCUGACCUUGUUGGGGACCCGGGACAAUCACUAUGACAACAUGGUGAGGAUGUACGCUAACUGCUCCGUGGUCCUGGAGAACCUGGAGGUCACGUACACGGUGGAGCACCAGGACCUGUCCUUCCUGCUGAGCAUCCAGGAAGUGGGCGGCUACGUUCUGAUUGCCAUGAAUGAAGUGGCCACCAUCCCAUUGGUCAACCUGAAGGUGAUCCGAGGUCAGAACCUGUAUGACAACCACCUGGCUCUGCUGGUCAUGUCCAACUACAACCAGAACCGCUCGUCUCCUACGCUCAACUACAGCAGUGGGCUGAGACAGCUGCAGCUCAGCAGUCUGACCGAGAUUCUGAAAGGAGGCGUAAAGAUGACCAACAAUCCGUUGCUAUGCAACACGGAGACAAUCCAGUGGUGGGACAUCCUGGACAGAAGCAGCAACCCCAGCAUGGUUUUUAAGACAAACACCUUCACACCUAAAUGUCAGCAGUGUGAUCCCGGCUGUUUUAACGGCUCAUGUUGGGCAGCAGGACCGGAUCACUGCCAGAAAUUCACUAAGCUGCAGUGUGCCGAGCAGUGCAGCCGAAGGUGCCGCGGGCCCAAACCCAGCGACUGCUGUAACGAACACUGUGCUGCCGGCUGCUCCGGACCGCGAGCCACCGACUGCCUGGCCUGCAGGGAUUUUAACGACGACGGGACGUGUAAAGACGCUUGUCCUCCUCAGACUCUCUACGACCCAAAAACCCACCAGGUCGUCAGCAACCCUAACGCCAAGUUCACCUUUGGGGCUACCUGCGUCAAAGCCUGCCCAUAUAACUACGUGGUGACAGGUGGAUCGUGUGUUCGUACCUGCGGAGCUGGGAUGUACGAGGUGGAGGAGAACGGAGUCCAACGCUGCAAGGCAUGUGACGGUCCCUGUCCUAAAGUCUGUGAUGGUGUUGGGGUGGGCGCUCUGAUUAAGACGACGGCCGUGAAUGCCUCCAACAUCGAGUCCUUCAGGAACUGCACCAAGAUCAACGGGGACGUGUCCCUCAUUGGGACGUCCUUCAAUGGGGACGCGCACUAUAAAAUCCCGCCCAUGGACCCGGCUAAACUGGAGUACUUCAGGACAGUGAAGGAAAUUACAGGUUUUCUGUUGAUCCAGUCCUGGCCGGAGAACCUGACGUCUCUGUCUGUGUUUGAGAACCUGGAGAUCAUCAGAGGAAGAACAACACACGCGCAGCACAGUCUGGCCGUGGUGCGGGCCAAGCACCUGCGCUGGCUGGGUCUGCGCUCUCUGAAAGAGGUGAGUGCCGGCUUGGUGAUCCUGAAGGACAACUCUGAGCUGUGCUACACGCGGCCCGACCAGUGGACGCGCCUCUUCAGAUCCAGAGACCAGACAGUCAGCAUGCGCCAAAAUGCUCCACCAGACUUCUGCGAAAAGCAGAAUCGAACUUGUGACCUGGAGUGUACAGACGAUGGCUGCUGGGGUCCGGGUCCCACCAUGUGUGUCGCCUGUCGGCAUUUCAACAGCAGGGGGCGCUGUGUGGCACACUGCAACCUGCUGCAGGGCGAGCCCAGAGAGGUGGAGGUGAACAGUAGCUGUGUCCAGUGUCACCCAGAGUGUCUGAUGAAGACCGGGACCCCGACCUGCCACGGACCAGGUCCAGACCAGUGUUCCCAGUGUGCCCACUUUAAAGACGGCCCCCACUGCGUAGCACGCUGCCCCCACGGCGUGCUGGGAGACGGAGACACGCUGAUCUGGAAAUACCCCGACGGGUCGGGCCAGUGCCAGCCCUGCCACCAGAACUGCAGUGACGGGUGCUCUGGAGCCGGACUGUCUGGAUGCACCGGUGCUACCACCCACUCCACGCUGGCGGCCGGCGUGGUUGGCGCGCUGCUGAUCGCCGUCAUUGUGUCGGUGGUCAUCUUUGUGUUGCUGCGGCGACAAAGAAUCCGGAGGAAGCGGACCCUGCGCCGCCUGCUGCAGGAGAGAGAGCUGGUGGAGCCGCUGACUCCGAGCGGCGAGGCUCCGAACCAGGCGCUGCUCCGCAUCCUGAAGGAGACAGAGUUCAAGAAAAUCAGGGUGCUCGGCUCCGGGGCCUUUGGGACCGUCUUCAAGGGUCUGUGGAUCCCCGAGGGAGAGAACGUGAGGAUCCCAGUAGCCAUUAAAGUUCUCCGAGAGGCCACGUCACCUAAAGCCAACAAAGAAAUCCUUGAUGAGGCGUACGUGAUGGCGAGCGUGGACCACCCUCACGUGUGUCGCCUGCUGGGGAUCUGCCUGACGUCGUCCGUCCAGCUGGUCACUCAGCUGAUGCAGCACGGCUGCUUGCUGGACUACGUCCGGCACCACCGGGAGAACAUCGGCGGCCAGUGGCUGCUCAACUGGUGUGUCCAGAUUGCCAAGGGGAUGAACUACCUGGAGGAGCGUCACCUGGUGCACCGAGACCUGGCGGCGAGGAACGUCCUGGUGAAAACUCCGAACCACGUCAAGAUCACAGACUUCGGCCUCGCCAGGCUGCUGACGGCCGACGAGAAGGAAUACCACGCUGACGGGGGGAAGGUUCCCAUUAAGUGGAUGGCGUUGGAGUCAAUCCUCCAGUGGACCUACACACAUCAAAGUGACGUCUGGAGCUAUGGUGUGACGGUGUGGGAACUGAUGACGUUCGGCUCCAAGCCGUACGACGGCAUCCCGGCCAGCGACAUCGCCGCCGUGCUGGAGCGAGGAGACCGGCUGCCGCAGCCGCCCAUCUGCACCAUCGACGUCUACAUGAUCAUGGUGAAAUGUUGGAUGAUCGACCCGUCCAGUCGUCCCAGGUUCAGAGAGCUGAUAGUGGAGUUCUCUAAAAUGGCCAGAGAUCCAUCCAGAUACCUGGUUGUUCAGGGCGACCUCCCCAGUCCGACAGAUAGCAGGUUUUACUCUCGCCUGCUGAGCUCAGACGACAUGGAGGAUGUGGUGGAUGCUGAGGAAUACCUGCUACCGUACAAAGGAUUGGGUAACCAGGACAACCAUACCUGCAGCGCCACGAACGGUUAUCCAGUCAGAGAGAACAGCAUCGCUCUGCGUUACAUCACCGACCCGACACACAACACGCUGGAGAAAGAAGACUUCCCAGGCCAUGAGUACAUGAACCAGAGUAUGAGUGACAACAGUCAGAGCAGCAGGCUGUCGGAUGUGUUGAAUCCCAACUACGAGGACCUGAGCCUGGGUUGGGGCGCCGCCUCGCACCCCUUCCCGCUGGAGGAUCUGAAGCCUUUCCCCCGAGUUCCCGAGGGCCCCGAGGUCCCCGAGUACCUGAACACCGCCCAGAGCUCGCUCCCGCUGGCCGCCAGCGACAGCCUCGAUAACCCGGACUACCAGGCGGACUUCCUGCCCUCCGCCACGAACAGUGUUCCUUUAACGGGGAAUGGUCUGUUCCUCCCGGCAGCGGAGAACCUGGAGUAUCUGGGUCUGGGUGCUGCGCUGCACGCCCACGUCCGCUAGGGGGGGGGGGCGACGUGCAGCGGCCUUCAGACACUUAAAACUAAAGCUGUGAUGUUCUGUGGAAAACAAACUGCCUGUGGGUACGCCAUCUGUGCUACCUGCACGAUCCAAAGUGAUGAUAAUCCUGUUUUACGCACCUUUGCACUGCAAUGGCAAU